AUGUCAAGUGGCAGGACGAGCAUUGUAUCGAUCCUAAACAAUGACGAUCAUCCGUCGUUUGCUGUCCGGUCGAACUCCAGGCUUAGUCGAAAUCAGGCAUCAUUCUAUCCAUCAGACCAGCAGCUUGCCCCGCCCGUCAGCGACUCCCAGUACGUCCGCCCGCAUGCAUCGUCUGUGUCGCCCGUGGCCUCACCGCGAGGCACUCGGCAUCCGUUGGAACCGGUAACCGAAACCGUUCAGCCCAACUCGCCGGGCUCUUCAGAAGGUUCCGUUUAUGACUACCUGAUAAGUCAGGCAAGCUCGGGCUACCACCCGUACGCCCGACAGGACAAUCAAUAUAACGCACGGUAUCCCUCGCGCGGGCCCGCAGCGCCUAGAACACCCCCCGAGGUUUCUUCCAGCAGCCAAGAAACGAGAUCACAGCCAGGAGGAACCCGGGGUACCGGACGAAAGAACAAGUAUCCGUGCCCUUAUGCUGCGAGCCACGGAUGCUCCGCUACAUUCACUACCUCUGGCCACGCCGCCCGCCAUGGCAAGAAGCACACUGGCGAGAAGAGCGUGCAUUGCCUUAUCUGCAACAAGGCAUUUACUCGGAAGGACAAUAUGAAGCAACACAUUCGCACUCAUCGCACACAUUCGGACGAUAUGCGGUCAACUUCAGAACCUGAGACAGACGGUAGAUGGGCGCUGAGCCGCGCCGACUCCAACUAUGCGUCAACCACACACAGCCGGACCGUCAGCCAGUCUACAGAUGUGAGUAUCCUGCCUGCUUCGGGCAGUGGACCGCAUCAUCCCUCAUGA